GCGGCCCGGGGCGGAGAGCGGGGUGCGGAGCGAGGCCGGUAGAGGCGCUGCUGGGCGGCGAGGCAGGCGGUUCUGGUAAACUAGCUAGCCUACUAGAUAGAGAAGAUGACUCAACUUGUCAAAACCUUUCGGAACCAUUGGAAGAAAACUACAUUUGGUGCCUGCUUGUUGACCUGGGGAGGACAUUGGCUGUAUGGAAAACACUGUGAUAACCUGCUAAGGAGAGCAGCGUGUGAAGAAGCCCAGGUUGUUACUGGACUUCUUCGAAGAGUAGAUGAGGUUACCUUCAGUAAGAUUCCCAUAGGAUUUAUCCCACUGGGACAGACCUGCAGUUUGAGCAAUACACUCUUCCCCGAAAGUGGAAACAAAGUCCAGCACAUUACAGAUGCCACCCUGGCCAUUGUGAAAGGAGAAACUAUUCCACUUGAUGUGCUGCAGAUCAAGGGAGAAAAGGAACAGCCUGUGUUUGCAUUAUCUGGUCUCAGAUGGGGAUCCUACAGAGAUGCAGGAGUCAAAGUUAGCAAGUACUGGUAUCUUGGACCAUUAAAAACCAAAGCUGCUCACUUUUUUAGUACUCUUAAGGAGUGGCCUCAGAUACAUCAGGCCUCAAUCUCGUAUGUGGGACCCACUGAGAGGCCGCCCAGUGAACCAGAAGAAAAGCCUCCCAGGCCUGCUUUAUACAGGAGGAUAUUCCGAAGGCUUGCAUCAUACUGGACCCGUCCUCAGGAUGCCGUCUCCCAGAAGGUAAAGCCAGAGGUCUGGAAAGAAGUGCAGCUGUCCACCCUUGAAUUAUCCAUCACAACACGGAACAGUCGACCUGACCUGACGGGCACGGAAGAUUUCAUGAACAUUUGCAUUGAACCAGAUACUGUCAGUAAAAGUGACUUCAUAAGUAUAGGAAGUCAGAAGAUGAGAGACCCUCACAUGUGUCCUGAAGGCUCCGAGUACCUCCAAGCCAGCCGGUGUACAUUGCUUCUUCCUGAGAGAACAGGUGGGUCCUUCAGCAUUGACAGUGAGGAGUAUGAAGCCAUGGGUGUGGAGGUCACGCUGCUGCCCAAGAAGCUCCAGUUCUUUUGUGACCCACGACAGAGGGAGAAGAUGCUCCAGGUACCUGUGCAGUGACCAUGGACAAGGGGACAGAAGUCGGCUCUCCUCGAAGAGUGAUGGGGGCACUGUAUGAAUGUCGGGCUGUGCUCUGGGACCACACUCUGAAUAGUAGCACCUUGUUAUGUUGGGGGCUUCUUCUUGUGCAAAGUGCCCUUUGCCACUCAGAGCAUUCCCAAACGUCCUGUUUACCAUUUGUCGUGUUGCCAUCUUCUAUUAAAAGUAUGCUUCAGUUUUUGUCUUGACAGUCUA